AAUUGGUAAACGUCAAACGCAUCGCUAGUACACAUAGUCGAUUUUCAAACAACAAAAGUGCUCUCGUUCAUCUACAAAUUUUGGAUUCGUUCAUUUACAAAUUCCGACAAAACCAUCAUUUCCAUUGUAAACUGCCAUCGCUAUCGACGGAUUUUCAAUUCUUUUCCGUAAGAAAUUGCAUUUUUCUUUCUUUAAUUCGGGUGAAUUGCAUUCAUUGCGAAACGUCUAGAAAUGUCGCACACAAUUUUGUUGGUACAGCCGGGCGCUCGACCAGAAACUCGUACAUAUUCAGACUAUGAGUCGGUGAAUGAAUGUAUGGAAGGUGUGUGCAAGAUUUACGAAGAGCAUCUGAAACGUCGAAACCCGAACACACCGACCAUUACGUACGACAUCAGCCAGCUGUUUGACUUUUUGGAUCAGUUAGCUGAUUUAAGUUGCUUGGUAUACCAAAAGUCUACAAACACAUACGCACCGUACAACAAAGAAUGGAUCAAGGAGAAAAUCUAUGUGCUGUUGCGACAGGCGGCCGGUACCACAGACGACCAACCCUCUGCAUCGACGGCUCAUUAAAUUUUAUCAACAAUCUUCUCUCCAUGUUCAUACCAAUUUUGAAAAUUUCGUAAAUCAUCUCUCAUCAUCGACCAUUUUCGUAUUGCAAUUUGUGUCAACGCGCAUAUGAACCAUAACCUUUGACAGAUCUUUGCCCAAUACACAAAUAUUAUUCUUAAUUUUUUUUUUUUCGUCAAAUUUGCGAUUUCACCAAACGAAAACAAUAUGAACAUUUAACAAUAUUCAUAAAACAAACAAACAAACGAAAUGAAUUCGGGUGCAAUGUUUGAAUAACAUUGACCACAAAUAUUAUUAUUUAAAAUAUUAAGCUACAUGAUAUUAUUAUGUGUAAUAUCGAAUGGAAAAGAGAAACGGAAGAACAUUGGAAUUUCGUUCUGCGAUUAAUUAUUAACAUACGGUUUACUAGCUCCCUUUCCCAUAGCCGUAAGCCAAUUGUAGCCAUAGACUUUUCCUUUUCGAGUUUAUGUAAGAUUUAGCGGGUGAUUGAGAGUGCAAAAUUCACACAUCAAAUUGAAUAGUUUGUUUUUGCGACUGAAACAAAACAAAAACUUAACAAUUUAUUUUAAAUGAGUAAAAUUAUUUAAUACUGAAUAAAAUGAAACAAAAGAAAACGCAA